CGCUUCUUCUUUAUUUGUGUCAAGUCGCGAACAGGAAAUAAGUCAAAUUGCAAGCUCAGGAAACUUUUAAACAAAGUGAGUGGAUUUUGGGUUCAGCAUGUCCACGUUUUUGAAUCUAAGAAGUUAUCUCGCUAUCCUGGUCUUUUUUCUAGGUUUCUCGGAGGCCACACUCGCGAGGUUAAAGAUCUCUAUGAAAAAGGGGGUAGAAAGCGAAACCCAAUUCUCUCGCACAAAACGAAGCACUGGCGCUUGUUCCAACUACUGUGAAAUUGACCCAAAAACGAUAGCUUACGAUGGAAAUCCGAAACCUUGGGAUCGUCCACCAGCAGUAACGUUUGUGUCAAACGACGUCACUCAAGGAAUGAAAAAGGCGUUAAAGGCUCGUGUACCGGGACUUGGGAAAACAACCAUCAAGGAUGUACUUGACAAACUCAAAGAAGGUGGCUGUCUGUGUAUACCAUUUGGUGGAUCAGUUCGUGACCAGUUCCUCGGCAGGAAAACUCUCGACAUCGACGCCGACAGCCCUUGUGACGCAAACAAAAUCGUUGAGAUUUGUAAGAAACAUUGGGAAGACAAAUACUGCAAAGGUCCACCAGAGUGGGCAAAAUUGAAGAUCGUUCAUAUCGGUGAUAAAGAAGGAGAUGGGGAGGACAUUGAUUUGGCCAACUGGAACAACUCUUUCUUCGGCAACCUUACCAACCUGGAGUACACUACGAAUUCGCUGGCCUACUACGACGACGCUGUCGCUAACAGAGGCGUAGUGAUAGACUUUACCGCGUCUGGUGUGAAUGACACGUGCAACAAGCUGAUCAGAAUCCCAGUUCCACGUGAUCAGUGGAAGGAUUGGUACCAAGGAGACGCCUGGAAAAUAUUCCGCUACUGGAAACUACUCGCGAAAGGAUACGAAGCAGAAAGUAACGAGCUACCGUCAUUUAUCAAAAACAAAACAAAAGAGCUUUUGCAGACAGAAUAUGGAAUAAAGGUGUUUAGAAUUACCUUUUUUACGUAUAUUCUCUCCGGUGAAUACAAUGAUACACUGAAGAUCGCAACUGUUCCAUAUCCAACCUGUUCAAGCAUCGCACACCUGAAGCAGUACUACCCACUUUUCAAGGACGUUCUUGGCGAAUAUUGGGAAAAUGUAGCAAAGCCUUUGCUGGAUGAGAUCAAGAUUGAAUGUUCGACCUCGACCAUUGUAGGUUCAAGCGAUAACACCAACUUGUCACUGAUUUUGAUCGCAAUCUGUGCACUCAUUCAAUGUGCUGUAUGGCAAGGAGCAUCUUGUUAAGUCGUAACUCCUUCCUUCAUUCACUGUUUAUAUUAAUAUUAUUACUGAAAAAACGUCUGACACAUAGUUUUUAGCAGUUAGCCGGAAUAAUCAUGUAAGCGCCAGCAACUUAUAUCUGAAUGCUAAUUUCAGUAGUUUACAUAAAAUAAAAACUUCGUAAAUAUUCAAGUCAAACGAGAUGUAUAAAACGUUUGUAAAAUUAGUCCUUACCUUCGAUUUUUAUAUACAACUUAAAACAAGAUUACACAUACUAUGUAGACUAUUAUUUUUAUGUUGUUGAAAUGUUGCUAAAAGUUUCCAAAUAAAUUUUUCUCGUUGUUUGAUAACAUUUUUUAAUCUCUGGGGAAAAUAGUUUGUAAAAUUAGUAGUCUCGAUCAUUGGGCGUCUCACCAAACACUUAUUAGUUCACAUGCUCGCAUUGCAAAUGUUUCAUAAUAACCAUCAGCAAAUCCUGGAGUUUGUUUAUUAGCAAUAAAAAGGUGAUAUAGACUUUGACUUUCU